CUUCCAGAAUACGUUUUCCAUCGGUGGGGGAGUGACAAGAUGGAGGCGCGGUGGCUUCAACACCGCGUCCCCUAUAUGUUAACUAGUGUAUUUAUAUAACUCGUUGAACAGAACCACGCGGACGACUUUGUUUCUCUCUCUUUUUUAAUGAGGUUUCCCUUAAUCAUUCGUCAGAAGUUGGAUCAAAACAUUUUUUUCCCCCCCCGUAAGCAGGAUUUCAGUCACUCGUCUAUUUAUUCAAGUUGUGGCAACUCAACUAGUUGCGGUCAGUUCGUGAACUUGGAUCGCGUCUUGCCGCUUUACUCUCGGUUCGGGGUUUCGGGAGAGAACUAGGAUGUCGGCGGUGAAAGCGCUGCAACAGUGGUGUAAGAUCCAGGUUCAGGGUUACAGAGAUGUCACUAUCACCAAUAUGACCACCUCUUUCAGGGACGGGAUGGCUUUCUGCGCCCUCAUUCACCGAAACAGACCCGACCUCAUUGACUUUGAUUCCCUGAUGAAGGAGAAUGUCUAUGACAACAACCACCUGGCGUUCCGGGUAGCGGAGGAUGAGUUGGGGAUCCCAGCUCUGUUAGAUGCUGAGGACAUGGUGGCCCUGAAGAUACCAGACAGACUCAGUAUUCUGACAUAUGUCUCACAAUACUACAACUACUUCCAUGGCAAAUCACCUAUUGGCGGCAUGGCGGGGAUAAAGCGUCCAGCGGAGGCAUCCACAGAAGAGGGGCCUUCUGGGAAAAAGAACCAAGCAGUUGUCUCCAAGGUCUUCCCUGCCUCUACCCCCUCUAAAUCCGCUACUGAGAACCGUCCUCCCCCCUCCUCCUCACCCAAAGCCUCAACCAGACCAGACAGGGCAGCACAGAAGGAUGUGUUGUCGGAGCGAUCCAAUAAGACGGGGACUCUGAGCAGUAAGUGUUCCGUGUGUAAUAAACACGUUCAUCUGGUCCAGAGACACCUAGUGGAUGGGAGGCUGUAUCACAGGAGCUGUGCCAGGUGUAGUGAGUGUUCUACCACUCUACUGUCUGGUAACUGUAAACCUGGACCAACACCAGGCUCCUUCAUCUGUACCUCCCACCACCACCCCCAGGGGGCGCUGCCAACACACCCCUCUCUCCGAGACCUGCCCAAAAACAACCCUACUACCCCUGCUGAAUCCAAAUACACUCCUCCCACUGUCAAGACCACCCCUCUCUCAUACCUGCCCAAAAACAACCCUACUACCCCUUCUUCCUCCAAAUACACCCCUCACCCUCCUCCCACUGUCCAGACCACCCCUCUCUCAUACCUGCCCCAAAACACCCCUACUACCCCUUCUUCCUCCAAAUACACCCCUCACCCUCCUCCCACUGUCCAGACCACCCCUCUCUCAGACCUCUCCAGGAAUACCCCCGGAGCCAAAUACACAGACCCCCCGAAAUCCACCCCAGCUCCGACACCCACCAGUACCCCCUCCAAAUGUGUCCCUAGCUGGCUGAGCUCCAAAUCAGACGGAUCCAAAAGCACCGCCCCCUCUGCCUCCUCCUGGCGGCCCAGCCCGAGGCUCUCCUCCCUGGGCAUAGUGAGCCCCGCAGCCCCUGGACCCACCGCAGUCCCACGGAACAUCAACACCACAACUACCCAGCAGGCCCGGCUCCAGUUCUUCCAAUCUGGGAACACCACCACUGGGCAGGAGAACCAGGGCAAGACCCAGACUCCGGGACAGGCACCGAGUCUACCCACAAAUAGAGUCCCGAACGCUGGCACACAGGGGACAGUAGUGGGGGUUGGCCAGGGUGUGAGUGUGGUAGUGAGUUUGGGUGGCAGUGGGGUAGGGGGUAAGGGAGAGGGUUGGGGUGGGGGGUAG